UUGGCUGUGUUUAAUGUUAAGAAUUUGGACUGCAGACAACUCCCUACGGGUUUGAAUGUAGACAAUCACGUGGCCCAGGCUCUGCUUCAAAUGCAACCCCAGCAGAGAGAGAAAGCACUUCAAUUGUAACUCUAACUUUCCAGGGACAUGGGGCCAGAAUACGUACAACAACACAGUACUUCAUCGAGAUUCGUCUAAUCAAACGCCACUUACAGGAUACAGGCGAGCAGCAAAGCGGUUCAGUGCACAUUAUUCAUGUGGAUUCAUCUCCAGUUAAUGAGGAUAGGUCAUCACAAUCAUAAUACCUGGGGGAAAACAAGAAAACUGCAGGGGAACAAACUUCCCUGCACAUCACACGCAACGAACAAGGGCAUGUAAACAAUGUUGGACAUUUGUUAUAUGUUUGCUUUUUUUAACUUUUGAAGAUACAACGCAACGCAGCUUUUGUUUUGGAGCCAAAGGGACUGUAUGGUUUGAAAGACUGACGCGUUUAUAUACAGAUAAGAGUUUUACUCUAAGGCGAAGCUAAACUUGGAAAUCUGUCUUUGUGGUCAAGAUUGGAUAACAAAAAAGAGUUCUGCCCACUGUAACUCUCAAAAGGGCAACUUUAAUUGAUAUAUUGUCGAAAUAAUAUAAUAGCUAGACACAAGACAAAAGAGCAAGACCGAAUCAUUUAUUUAGCUUCUUGUUUAAUUUUCUUUGGUUCUAAGAUGUGCGUUAAAGCAGUUAAUGCUCUUCAUUCCUUACUUUUGCUAGCGCUGUGCUUGCAGUGCGCCUCCGGUUUUUCCGUGGCGGGGCAGGUGAACACCUGUGAGGCCAAUGGCAGUGUCUAUUAUGUAGGCGAGUGGUACUUUCUGGACUCCGAUCACUGUACCCAGUGUGAGUGCACUGUCGAAGGAGCGGCCUGCGCUAGAACCGAAUGCACCUCUCUGCCCCCAGCUUGUAUCCAUGUCAGCCACUACCCAACCGACUGCUGCCCGAGGUGCGAGAAAAUAGGCUGCGAGUACAGGGGAGAGGUCUUUGAGCUCGGAGAACAGUUCCAGCCCUCGGAGUGCGAGCAGUGCACCUGUGACAUGGACGGCAUCGCCCGCUGCCUGGUGGCAGAUUGCGCCCCUCCUCCCUGUGUCAACCCUGUCUACGAGAAAGGGAAGUGCUGUCCAGAGUGCAAAGAAGGCCCAAAUUGUUACGCAGACUCUUCCCAGACACAAGUGAUCCCAGGAGGGGAGCCAGUGUGGAUCGAUUCCUGUACCAAGUGCCGAUGCCACGACGGGCAGGAUGCGGGCUACUGGGAGGGCAACCGUGUGGCCCAGUGUGUGCGAGUGCAGACCUGUACUCUGGAUGAUGGGGAUAGCCACAACUGACUGGGUUACUUAAUUACACACAAACUUUAGUGCUAACUGGACUAUGUAGGAAAAACAAUCACAAUGUUAGUAUCACUGUGUAUUUCUAAGGAAAUAGCUUAAAACACGAAAUAUAUCUUGGAUGAUUUAGCUCUGUUGCACAUUACAAUGUAUACUAAGUUUCCACUAACCUUAAAAAAAACAAAACAAAACAAAAAAAAAACCUAAACACUGCAUUUAUAGUACAUGGUUUCUUUGUCGUCUUACAUCAGCCAACAAGAAUACAAAUGUUUUUCUACUAAAUAUUUUAAAUAAAAGAUGGUUUUCCUGUAA